CCCACUGCUCACAAACACCGGCUGACCUGGAUCUGCUACAAUAGGAUUCCACUAUAUAGGCAGCUCUCCAGCAAUCCAAGUACAACCAACAAGAUAGGCACAAAGUGCUAGUGAUCAUGGAGACAAGUGACCUGCUUCUGCUUGUAUUGAUGUGAAUGUUUGGACAUAACAUGCCCGGAAGCAGUUGAUGAACGCAUGCUCGGUUGCUGUUCUUGGUGAUCUAUGGCAUCAACUGGUCCAACCUGUCUACUCGCUCAUCCUGUGAUUGUGUAACCUAUUUCAUUUUGCGCAGAGUGGUAACCAAGUGCCCUAUGGCUCUUUGUUGGAUAACGGGACUUGUGGCGGGCCUGGCAGCUCUCCAUUUCCUGCAGAAGAAGUUUUUCCCAUACUUUUGGGUUGAUCUGAAAUACCUGUUGAAAGUAGUCCGCUACGGACUUCUGCUUGAGGCGUAUAAAAAGACAGGUCAUGUGGUGACUGUUGUAGAUCGUUUCAUUCAGCAAGCUCAGCGGGUCCCUGAUAAGGCUUUUAUAAUAUUCCACGGAGAGGUCCACACUUAUCGAGAUGUGGACAGAAGGAGCAAUCAGGUGUCCCACUGUUUCCUGAAGCAUACGUCACUGAAAAAGGGGGAUACGGUGGCUAUGCUUAUGAACAAUGAACCAGAUUUUCUGAACGUGUGGUUUGGGUUGGCUAAACUUGGCUGUCUGGUGGCAUUUCUUAAUUACAACAUCCGAUCCCGGUCCUUGCUGCAUUGCUUCCAUAGCUGUGGAGCCAAGAUUCUUAUUGUGGGAGCAGACUUGCUUGAUUCAUUGGAAGAGAUUCUACCAAGCCUGCAAGAAGACAAUAUUACAGUUUGGGUAAUGGCUAAAGAAUCCAGUCUCCCAGGGGUAAAUACUGUCCUAGACAAACUGGAUUCAGUAACAGAUAAGCCUGUACCUGCACACCUGCGCUUUGUGGGCAGCACCAAUGCUACAACGCUUUAUAUCUUCACAUCAGGGACUACAGGUCUCCCAAAAGCUGCUGUUAUCAGCCAGCUUCAAGCAUUGCGGGGUGCUGCUGGAAUAUGGGCAUUUGGGGGCUAUCCAGAUGAUGUUGUAUAUAUUACACUACCACUUUACCAUAGUGCAGCCUCCCUCAUUGGGAUCGGUGGAUGUGUCUACCUUGGUGCAACAUGUGUACUGAGGAAGAAGUUUUCAGCAAGUCAGUUUUGGAUUGACUGCAAAAAGAACAAUGUUACAGUUUUCCAGUACAUUGGUGAACUCUGUCGCUACUUAUGUAAACAGCCUGUGAGAGAAGGUGAAAAAGAUCACAAGGUCCGUAUGGCUGUUGGUAAUGGUGUUCGCAGUGAUGUAUGGAAAGAAUUCAUUGCAAGGUUUGGUGACAUCAAGAUGUGUGAGCUGUACGGCGCUACCGAAGGGAACAUUUGUUUUAUGAACCAUACUGGAAAAAUUGGAGCUGUUGGGCGCACUGGUUUCUUUUAUAAGCUUGCGUUUCCCUUUGAACUAAUAAAAUAUGACAUUCAGAAAGAUGAACCAAUAAAAAAUAAACAUGGCUGGUGUGAAAGAGUCAAGAAAGGUGACGCUGGACUGCUUUUAUCCAAAGUGAAUCAUACCAACCCUUUUUUUGGUUAUGCUGGAAAUAAAAAACACACAACAAAGAAGUUAAUGUGUGACGUGUUCAAAAAAGGAGAUGUCUAUUUCAAUAGCGGUGACUUGAUGAUGCAGGAUUAUAAUAAUUUUUUGUACUUCAGAGACAGAAUUGGAGAUACUUUCAGGUGGAAAGGAGAAAAUGUUGCUACCACUGAGGUCUCUGAUAUUAUUGGGAUGCUGGACUUCAUACAGGAAGCUAAUGUCUAUGGAGUGAGUGUUUCAGGACAUGAAGGAAAAGUGGGCAUGGCAUCCAUUAUUCUAAAGCCUGGUCAGGCUUUAGAUUUAAAAAGCAUCUUUGAGCACUGUAAAGCUUAUCUACCUGCAUAUGCUUUUCCACGAUUUCUAAGACUGCAGGAAAACAUGGAAGUAACUGGUACAUUUAAACAACAGAAAUUUCGUCUUGUGGAACAAGGAUUUGACCCAACAGCAAUAUCAGAUCCACUCUAUUUCUUGGACGAUUCUAAACAGUCAUAUGUGCCAAUGACCAAAGACAUUUAUGAUAAAAUCACCAAUGGUCUGCUAAAACUUUAAUCUUUUUUUUUUUUCGGGUAUACAUAUCAUUUCCUCUGGAUGAAAAUACUGAAACUGUGAUGCUUUAACCACUGCCAUUACAGCUUUAUUACACAAAAAUGACACAACGUGUUAUGCUUAAAACUAAGUCUAGCUGCUAAAAUGUGAGGCAUGAUUUACAUUUUUUCUCUAUAACAAAAAGAUUUUGACUACAUUAUGCAAGUAUAGCAUUUUUUUAAAACCUGUUGAAUGCACACUAACUUUAUUUUUCUCUUCCUGUUUUUUCAGUAAGUUUGUUGUAAUAUAUAUAUUUUUUUUUUUUGGGGGGGGUUCUUCCACUCCAUAAUUGGCUCUUAAUCAUGAAACAUACUGUGCUUGGGGGGAAUGCCUUGAGGUUGGUUUAAUGCAUUCCUUCAUAAACUGUUCCAUCAUACCCCUCUCUGAAGUAGUUGAACUUGUAUUCUCCCCUACCUCACUUACAUUUUUGGAUCCGACAUUUAUGACCGAGUUUAAAAAUGAGACAAAUUCUUAUUAAGGCCAAACCUCGUCUUUGCCUAGGGUAUGAUUUAAAAAACAGUUUUUCUUGCCCCAGCCCUGGAUUCCACAGGCUUCUUUUUUCAUAUGACUGGUCCCCUGAAGCCACUUCUCUUCAGAUCUCUUAGUACAAUGCAGGACCAGCAGUGCUGCAUUGUAAAUAUGAACACAAAGGCCUUGGAGUGUUGGUGGGAAGAAGUAAGCAAGGAAUGGGGUAUUGAAGAAAUGCUUUUUAACAUUUCCCUUGACAAAACCGAGCAACACUUGUGGUUUGAGGGGGGGGGGGGUGAGCCUCAUUGAAAUGGCAGUCUUGUAAUGUGCCUGGAGUUCAUCUUUAAACUGAAAUAUAAUGACCAUCAACUGAAUUUUUAGACCACAGCAAAGGGAAUCGGGGUGCAGCCUUGUGCGUUCAGAAAACUCAAAGUCCUAGUCUGUUCCUAACCAACAUUGGCUCCUGUCCCUACAUACGUACCCCAUCUUCAGGCUCUCUUUCAGUGAUGCACUUAUAUUUUAUAGGGUCCAUAUGCCCAUCAUUAUGGCCAAAUCUUUGCGUGAUCAUCAUGUUCAAUAGAUCACUAUGGAACACUGAAUGUGUUCUUAUAGAAAUCCUUGCCUUCUUUAUCAUUUUACAAACCAUGGCACUGCUAGGUAGGUACAUGCAGCAACCACCUAAUAUGCACCUUCUCUCCUGCAGCACCUUUGUGCCCACCGAUGGGGAAAGUGCCACACACUGAGAAUCACUGGUUUAAUGUCACUGGAAAAUGUUAUUGCUUAAUUGGACUAGUAGCCAAGUGAAAGCUGACAAGGAUACAGAUAAAACUGUCAAAGUGUUGUUUGUAAUGUGUACAGAAAAAUAAAAAAAUGUAUUUUGAUG